CCGCGCACCUCCUCCCGCCAGGCGCUUUCUCGGACGCCUUGCCCAGCGGGCCGCUCGACCCCCUGCACCAUGGACCCCGCUCGCCCCCUGGGGCUGUCGAUUCUGCUGCUUCUCCUGAUGGAGGCUGCACUGGGCGAUGCUGCUCAGGAGCCAACAGGAAAUAACGCGGAGAUCUGUCUCCUGCCCCUAGACUACGGACCCUGCCAGGCCCUACUUCCCCGUUACUACUACGACAGGUACACUCAGAGCUGCCGCCAGUUCCUGUACGGGGGCUGCGAGGGCAACGCCAACAAUUUCUACACCUGGGAGGCCUGCGACGAGGCUUGCUGGCGGAUAGAAAAAGUUCCCAAAGUUUGCCGGCUGCAAGUGAGUGUGGACGACCACUGUGAGGGGUCCACAGAAAAGUAUUUCUUUAAUCUAAGUUCCAUGACAUGUGAAAAAUUCUUAUCUGGUGGGUGUCACCGGAACCGGAUUGAGAACAGAUUUCCAGAUGAAGCUACUUGUAUGGGCUUCUGUGCACCAAAGAAAAAUACAGAACCUGUGAUGCUUUCACCUAUACUGGCUGUGGAGGGAAUGACAAUAACUUUGUUAGCAGGGAGGAUUGCAAACGUGCAUGUGCAAAAGCUUUGAAAAAGAAAAAGAAGAUGCCAAAGCUUCGCUUUGCCAGUAGAAUCCGGAAAAUUCGGAAGAAGCAAUUUUAAACAUUCUUAAUAUGUCAUCUUGUUUGCCUUUACAGCUUAUUUGCCUUUAUGGUUAUAUCUGAAGAAUAAUAUGACAGCAUGAGGAAACAAAUCAUUAGUGAUUUAUUCACCAGUUUUUAUUAAUACAAGUCACUUUUUAAAAAAUUUGUAUGUUUUUUAUACAUAACUAGCUGCUAUUCAAAUGUGAGUCUACCACUUUUAAUUUACGGUUCAACUGUUUGUGAGACUGAAUUCUUGCAAUGCAUAAGAUAUAAAAGCAAAUAUGAUUCACUCAUUUCUUGGGGUUGUAUUCCUGAUUUCAGAAGAGGCUCAUAACUGAAACAACAUAAGACAAUAUAAUCAUGUGCUUUUAACAUAUUUGAGAAUAAAAAGGACUGGCAAAUAGAACUCAUUUUGCAUUUAAAAGUUGGAUUAUAUUUUAGUCCCAAGAAGACAAAGUCGCAGAUUUACCAACACUUUAAAAAUAUUACUCCCAUUUUAUUGUGUUAGAUUGCAGUACAAUGAAUGAAUAAGUGGAUUUAUUUAAAAGAUCAUAACUUUCUUGACUGAUUUAAAAAGCUAAUUAAUUUAUUAAAGCCAGAAAUGUUCUCCUCUGGGAAAACAAUUUCUAUCUAUUUAUCUACCAAUCCCCACUCACAUGUAUAUGUUUGUGUUUACAUAGAGAUAGAUGGUUUUAAGGGUUUUCCUAUUGUUAAAUUAUUUCCUAAGACAUAGUGGGUUAGAGACCACUAAAGUUAUAAAAAACCAAGGAAAGUAAAGUUUUUCAAAUGUUUGUACUGUUUAAGGUGUUUAUUUGUAUAAACCAUGCAUGAGAAACCAUGCAUAAAUGUAAUAAUUUAAAUUUCACCAGUAAAUUAUCAUUGAUUAAAUAUGGUCAUUCCAGUGAAAUAGGUUUUUUCUUUCUCGGUAAUAAAACAAUUUUUCAAAAUUCUUACGUUUUCAUGGCAAGAUUAACAUAUUUAAAAGUAUGCCCCUUAUUUGGCAAAAUUAAAAAUGCGUUUACCUUUUGCUUGAACAAUCUUUCAUUUAAAAAUUUAUUCCAGUUAUUUUGACAAAUAGGCAUAUGCCUGAGAACUUUGAAUGAUGCUGAAAGCUAGAAGCAAACCAGGUACUCUUCAAUCGGGGACUGGUUGAAGAUUUUAUGGAUGAGGAGUUAGCAAAAUAUCUAUAUAUGCAUAUCUUCUGACUCCCAGGAUACAUUAAGAAACACAGGGCCUAGAACAGUAUGAAUAAACACACAUGUACACAAACAUCACAGAAGAUACUAAAGAUAUUAAAAAUGUUUACCUAUAGAGGUUUGGAGGGAACAGAGGGGUGGACAGUUGUGGAGAUAGUAUUUAUGUAAAUAUACCUGUUAUAUAGUUUUUAUCUUGGACCAUGUAAAUAUUUGACAUAAUUAAUAAUAAAAAUUAAAUAAAAAAGAAAAAGCA